AUGGCAGAUUGUGCAGCAGCAGUGAUCCAAACACAGCAGACUGUGCUGGCAGCAGUGGGAGAAGAUGCUGAAUUCAGCUGCCAGCUCUUGGAGACUAAAGACGUCCUUCAGGUCACAUGGCAGAAAAUUUCAGCUGCUGGAGAGACAAAUGUUGCCACAUACAACAAGUACUUUGGCCAGAGAGUAAAUGACGGCUUUACAGAUAAAGUUAAGUUUAAACAUGCUGGACUACGGAACUGCUCCAUAGUCAUCAGGAAUGUGACGGAGCAGGAUGAAGGAUGCUAUCGCUGUCUGUUUAACACUUAUCCUGAAGGAGCCUUUAUUGGUAGACCCUGCCUCCAAGUCUAUGAGCUGCAUGAACCUGCUGUUGAUGUCAGAGAGUCAAACUCUACUGAAGAGUGGGUUGUUUCCUGUUCAGCCACUGGUCGACCUGCUCCCACUGUAACACUCAGUGUCUCACAACAACACCUCAACUUCUCACAGUACAACACUGUCAGUGUGUCCAACACCAACGCUACAUUCACUGUCACCACUACAGCUGUGCUCUCAGGUUCACGUAACAACAGCACACAGGUGGGAUGUGCAGCACGAGUGCUCUCUGCUCCUCACAGAGAGGUGAUGGUGACGAUUCCUGAGGUCCAGCAGAUGUAUGCUGCUGCUACUGCUGAUUAUAACGUUUCCUUCUGGAUCAUUGCAUCAGGUGUAGCAGUGGGACUGAUAGUCUUUGCUUGUGUAGCCACUUUCAUAGCUGUCCUGCUUAAAAAAAAGACAAGAAGAGGGACACUGAGAACAACAAAUAAAAUACCACAAAAAUCAGCCAAUGACAUUAAUGACUGAUGACCCCUCCACAUCUUUACUUCUCUAAAACUCAGCUUCCAUCUAAGGCUCUUUAUAUACGUUUUAUACAGC